CAGCGUUCUCGUGACAUCCAAUCGAUGUGCUUCGUGCCAUAGUGUUAUCCAAUCAAAACGAAGGGAGGUUGGAUUAGCCAGAAUAGAGUUGGGAAAUGAAGAAAUCAGGCGGACUAGCUUGCUUGCUAGCUAGCGAGGGACGAGUAAGAGGCGUGUCUAGGCUUCGGGUUUUGCUCAGUGAUGGAAGCCUCUAAGGGUGUUAGUGGGGUGGCGGAGCACGUCGACAUUUAUGAAGACCUGAAAACUGAAGAGGCUGGAGACCCUUUGGAGGCAGAAGCUGAUGCUCUUUAUGAUGAUGUGUUAACUGGGUCAGUGGACAGCGAGAGCACUCUGGGGAAGCAGGAGUGUAAGGAGGACGGGAAGUCGGCGGAGGAAUGUGGUGGAGGAAAACGCUUCUCUGUCUACAUUGGGAACUUUACCUGGUGGACGUCAGACAGUGAUCUGAUAGCGAUGGUACAGAAACAGGGUGUGAAAGACAUCGUAGAGGUUAAGUUUGCAGAGAACAGGAUUAACGGUCAGUCCAAAGGCUAUGCUGAGGUGGUCGUGUCCACAGAAGUGUCUCUGAAUCGUUUAUUAGACACCAUGCCUCAGUGUAAGAUCAGCGGUGAAAAAGUGGAGUGUCGUCAUGUUUCACAGAGAAGCCUGGCUGAGUUCGAGGCUCUGGCCAGAAAACGAAUAUCUAUACGUCCAAAUCAUGAGGGUGACUCGAAGCGAGCCGAAGCGAGGGGCUCAUCCACUUCCUCUCCAUCAGACCUGCAGACUUUACCUUUACCUCUGAUGUUUCCUCCAGCCAAACCCCCUCUCCUCAUGCCCUCAUUUUAUAGCACUUUCCCCCCUCCUCCUCUUCCUCUUCCUCCUCCUCCUCCUCUUUUUAGUACUCCUCCUCCCCUCUUCCAUCCACCCUUACCUCACACCCACAUCCCAAACACACACAUUCCCAGUCCACACAUUCCCAACACACACACCCAAAACUCACACACACGCUCGCUACACAUCAACCCCGCCUUCUUCCCCCCAAAUCCUGCGACAUGCAGCAGCAACAACAACAACAACAACAACAACAGAAAAACAAGAACAGUGUUCAGCCAGCCGGGGGAUGGAGACUUUGAGGAGCUGAUAAAUAGGAACAGAACGAUUGCAAGCAGCGCCAUCACUAAAGCCAUUUCCACAGCCACAUCAGGUGACAUUCGGAUGGCUAUAGAGACCCUGUACACAGCCACAGCGGUCAUCAAACAGUCUCGUGUGUUUUAUGACAAGCGCUGCCGCAUGCUAGUCGAGUCUCUUAACAACUGUCUCAACUCCAUAGAGACCAAAUGUUUCCCUUCCAGUAAGCGACACCGUUCUCAGGAGCGAGUGAGGAGCCGAUCAAGAGAGCGAUACCGAGAGCGAUCGUCCAGCACAGACAGAGAGAGGGAUAAGGAGAGAGAGAGGGAACGAGGGCGUGACAGAGAGCACAGAGACAGGCAUUGAUGGAAAGUUUCCUGCCGUUUUCCUGUCACGGAC